AUGUUGUUCCUCUUUGUUCUCCUCAGCUCCCUCCUCAGCACCGUGCUCGCGGUCGCCAACCCCGGCGCUUGCACUGGCUCUUGCAACGUCCACGAUCCUGCUGUGAUCCGCCGUACCUCGGACGGCACUUACUUCCGCUUCUCGACCGGUAACAAGAUCCAGAUCGCUACCGCAUCCGACAUCUCCGGCCCAUGGACCAUUCAGGGAAGUGCACUCCCAAGUGGUUCCUCCAUUGCCCUUGCGGGUAAUACGGACCUGUGGGCUCCUGAUAUUUCAAAGGUCGGCGAUGUCUACUACCUCUACUACUCCGUCUCGACAUUUGGUUCCCAGGAAUCCGCAAUUGGAGUUGCCACCUCGACAACUAUGGAUGUAGGCACAUGGACCGACCACGGAAGCACCGGUAUCCGCAGUUAUACCGGCAGCGCAUACAACGCUAUUGACGGAAAUCUCGUUCUCUCCACCGCCGGAUCAUACUACAUGAGCUUCGGCAGCUUCUGGGGCGACAUCUACCAAGUGCCCAUGGCCAACCCGCCGCUCACCACCGCGGGGACCUCCGUCCGGAUCGCAUACAACGCCAGUGGAGCCCACGCCGUCGAGGGAUCAAACAUCUACUACCGCUCACCAUACUACUACCUCUUCUUCUCGUCUGGUACCUGCUGCGGAUACGACUCCAGCCGCCCAAGCCAGGGCAAUGAGUACCGCAUCAACGUCUGUGUCUCGACAACCAUCAACGGUGGCUACUACGACCGUAACGGUGUCUCCUGCACUGCGAGUGGCGGGACCCCCGUUCUCACUUCGCACGAUAACGUGUAUGGACCCGGUGGCCAGGGUGUCUUUGCUGACUCUAAGGCCGGAGGUGCCAUCCUCUACUACCACUACGUCGACACUACCAUCGGCUACGGAGACGGCCAGAAGAGGUUCGGAUGGAACGUCAUCGGCUGGAGCGGCGGAUGGCCAACAAUCUAG